AAACCCACAAGAUAGUGAUUCAGUCACAACCUCACUGCUUUUUGAUUUUCGGCUUAAACCCUAGCCGCUCCGCUUCUUCUUCAUCCUCAUUUCUCUCUGAGGCUCUUGGAACACCUGAGAACAGUGAACUUUGGAAAUGGCUUUCUGUAACAAAGUCGGGAGCCUCUUGAGGCAUAGCAUUUCCCAGAAUGGACAAACACCCAUGGCAUCUAUGCUUAAUGCUGCGCGCUGCAUGUCCUCCAAGCUUUUUAUUGGAGGCCUUUCAUUUGGAACUAGUGACGAGUCUCUUAAAGAAGCAUUCUCUAGCUUUGGUGAUGUGACUGAGGCAAGGGUUAUUAUGGAUAGGAAUACUGGAAAGUCUAGGGGGUUUGGAUUUGUUGACUUUGCCAGUGAUGAAUCUGCUAGUUCAGCACUUAAUGCCAUGGAUGGUCAGGAGUUGCAUGGGCGAAACAUUCGCGUCAGCAUUGCCACUGAGAGAACUGGUCCUCGACCAUAUAAUGGUGGUGGUGGUGGCGGUUACCGCGGGGAUGGUGGUUUCAGUGGACCGAGUGGCUAUUAAGCGGGUGUUUGGUAGGAAAAGAAAGUGGCCUUUAAGCUGUUGCCACAAGUGCUGUCUAUAGACUUUUCUAUCGUGAUUUCUCUAGAAUUGGGUUUGUUUUUGUUACUUGGAUUUAUUAGAUUAAUUCUGGCAUUGUAGAUGUGCUGGUUAUAUCUAGCUAUGCAAGUCAGUUGCAGAAGUUUGACAGUAAAGCUUUUCAUUUGCAUGUUAUCUAGCAUCAUUGCUGAAUGAUUGUGAAUGAUUUUAGUAAUGCUUCUACUGAGUAAC